AUGCCGAAGGUCGCUACCAUAAAGAACACCAAGGCCGCAUCCAAGCCCAUCUCCAAGCCUAUCGUCGAGAAGAAGGCUAAGGUCAAGGCUGCCGACGACAAGCCAAAGGAGAAGCGCGAGCCCACCGCGUACGAUCUCUUCCGCAAGUCGGAGAACCAGAAGCUUAAAGACAGCGAGCCCGGGCUCGACGCCGAGGCGCGCCGCAACAAGAUUAGCGAGGCCUGGCUCAACCAUCCCGACAACCCCAACCGCGGCAAGCCUCGCAAGCCCCGCGCACCCAAGAAGAAAAAGGACUCCGAGAACCGGCCUGCGCGUGAGCCCCAAACUGACAGCUCGAGCUUGCCGCCAUCGUCGCCCGUAACAUCGUCGCCCUGA